AAAUUAACCACCAUUCGGAGUACAAAGUACCAGAGCUAGGCCCAGAGUUGUUUUCUUCUAAAAUCUGUCUCUCACGAAGUGCAAUUUUCCUCAACAGUGCGCAUUUUAGUGUUCUGCAAGUGAUAAACCAGUGUCAAUCAUGAAGAUCUUCGUCGCUAUCGUUACUGUCCUUUCGCUGGCCGCUCUAGCCGCAGCAGAGCCACCAUCCCCGCUCAGCAACUAUCUUCCUCCGGCCCAACAGCAGCAACAGGGAGGCUUCAAUGGGAAUAACGGUUACAACUAUAACACAAACAAUAACGGCUACAACUACCCAUCAGCCCCGUCGUCCCAAUACGGUGCCCCAUCUGGCGGCAGUGGAUCCGGUGGAUACUACGACGAUGCGAACAGUCAGCCAGCCAAGUACUCUUUCGAGUACGCCGUUCAGGACUACCAGUCGGGCAAUGACUUUGGCCACAUGGAGCAACGCGAUGGAGACCGCACCGUUGGCCGAUACUACGUCCUGCUUCCCGAUGGUCGCAAGCAAGUUGUGAACUACGAAGCCGACCAGAACGGAUACCGCCCAACCAUCACCUACGAGAACGUCGGCACUGGUACUAACGGAGGUGCCGGUGGAUACCCAGGUGGUCAGGGUGGAUUCCAGGGUUACCAGUAGAGCAGAAUGUGAUAGCUAUUUCCAACCAGAACCCUCAACGCCACGUACUCAAAGCUAUUAGGAACGAAUUUUCCAACGCUAGUUAAUUCUUUGUUUACUUAGACAAUUGUAACGCUUUUGCUUUCCUAUUCUCAAUAUAAAUCGCGGUUGUUCGGCUAACGUUAGAUGAUAGCCAUGGAUCGUAAUCCUAUCAACAGGCCAGUAUUUUCUCAUCGGCUGUCAAAUCUACAAAGUUCGUCGCGGUAUUUUACACACAGAAAAACAAACGAUUUCAACUGAAGCACCCGAGCAUCGCGAACAUUUAUCGAGAAUACGAAGCAAAUCGACGCUUUAAUUAAUUCCAGGAACAAACGUUCCGGAUGAUACGAAAAACAAGGCCGAUCGAGCAGCAUCGAUUGGCAACAAAAAAAACCACAACUAUUAUUAUAUGUUUAACACUACGCAUGCAAAUGAAAAUAUUUGUGAGGAAAACGAUGAUAACUGCCAUAAACGCUUAAGAGAAAUUGAUGAAACAAAAAAUAACGAAACUAAGAAGAACUACAAGGAAUAGGACUAAGCUCGUAUCUUCGAACCAUCGAGAGCAGAUAACGAUACGAACUAACCAACAACAUUCUUAGAAGAAAACCUCUGUAAAUAGGUAAACGUGUACAUCCCCCUUUUUCGUUUUGUAAUAUUACAGUGUUUUGUAAUAUGUAUAGAUACAAAGUUUUAAAAAACUAAAUAAAACCAGACGAACAAGCAACUCACGACCAACGGUUGCCCGGCUCUUCACGCUUAAACGGAGCGAGUACUGAAAGCUGCCUGAGCGCCGUUGAUUGUUUGUUGUGAACUAUUGAAAACAA